GUUCGCGGGGUGGAAAAAGAGGGUGUCUUUCAUAGGAAAGGAACGUAGGAGAAGAGGCCUCGUCUCAGUGCGCGUUCAGCCGUUCUCUUUACUACUUGUCAUCGGUGAAUGCGUGCACGCGCCCGAAAAGAUAGGCGGGAACAUCACGGACCUGAGUUUUUCAAUAUGAUUUUAAGUUACGUUUAAUCGAUCGGUCGCUUUCGCGAUAUGAUUGAAACGAAGUGAUCGAGAGAGAGGAGGAAACAGCCAAGAAGCAUGAAACGUGUGAUGUCUCCUUUCUUUUCCCCCCUCUUGCUAUUUUUCCUCUUCGUUACAGCAGUUUUCAUCGUUGUUAACGGCAAGACCGAGUUAGAAUCUAACGCGGAUGAUACUUCGAUUCUCGUUGAGCAAAAGAGCAGUGACGUUAAUUUGGCGAACGACUCUUUGAAACACGUGAGAGAUAUUGAGAAGAAAAAAACGGAGGAGGAAGAGGAUGAGGAAGAUGAUGGAGAUGGCGAUGGAAACAACGACGGGGACGAAGAAAAGGAAGAGGAAGAAGAAGAUGCUUCGGGAGAGAUUCAGGAAGAAGAGGAGGAGGAGGAGGAGGAAGAGUACGAAGGAGAGGAACGAAACGAAUACGAGGAUGAAUUGAAAGCUUUAGCAGAAUCUCACGAAGCAAUGUCAAAGGACGAGACGAAGGAUGAGACAAGAGACGAAAGAACAAAUUCGAACACGAAUAAUUCCACAGCAGCGAAAAAUUUUGAGUCGCAUGAAAAUGUUCUUGAAAACAAGUCUGACGAAGACGUAGCUUCCAAUGAAGCUAUUACCGAUGAGUUACCAAAGAAACACGAAGACAAAGAGGUAGCAGAUUUGUUAAGGUAUAAAAAAGAAAAGGACUUGCGACAGAAAGAGGAAGAUGGUCUUAGAAAAAAAAAGAAAAAACGAGUACCGACUGUAAAGAAAGAAUUGAGCACGCAAAAAGAGAUUCUUCUUGCUGGUAACGAGACGCAAGUUCUAAAAAGUCUCGUACCUUCGGAAGAAACCUUUAAUGGUUUGAACGAGGAAACUGAACAAGUGAAGAGAGGAUAUUUUGGGGAAAACGAGAGAGCAAAGGAUAAAAGAAUGUCCAUUAUUCAAGAGGAUUCUUAUUGGAAUAUGUCCAACGAAAUUCCAGAAAAGUUCGAUAACAGACAAGAUAUUUCAGCGAAAAAUUUUAGAUCGUAUAUUUUAAAAAAAUGCAAAGAGGAGCAAGAGAAUGAAGAAAAAUUGCACGAAUCAAAGGAUCAGAAAGAUAAUUUAGUGAAAUGUUUAUUGAAGUUUAAGAAGAAAUUAGCUAAAGAUUUGGAACGAUGGGAUAAAGUACACCAGUUCUUAAUGAAAGUAAAGGCUGGUUUAAAUUAUUCGAAGAACAUGCAAGAUAUUGAAAAGAAAAAUUAUGAUGGACCAUUAACGACCUCCUCUACGGUGACCGAGGCAUCGCAGGAUGAAAAGGAACGUAAGAAGACAAAGAAGAAGAAGAAGAAGAAGAAGAUGAAGAAGAAAAAAAAGUUGCAAGAUCGUCGUUCAACAAUGACAACGAUUACGAAGGUAGUAACAUUUCCGUCGACAACGACGACGAUGUCUCCGUCAACGACUACGUCCGUUCAAUGGCAAUUAUUAGCCGAGAAACUUUUUGGACCUCCUUGGCAAGAGAACGUUAGGCCUGAAUCGGAUGACAUCGCCAAAAUUCGUUACUCGGUCGAUUCGAAACCAAAAACGAUUACUUCGUCGUCGAUUCGACGAUUUAUCGAUCAGGAGGAUGCAACGAAUAACCGAAAGGAAUUAAAUACGGAAAGACAACCCUUGUUAUUACAAAAAGCACAUCAGUUGCCAGGUAAAUCGAAUCUCUUCCCGUUCGAGAAAAUAAAUACACAUCGUAACAGAUUCGAUUCGCAAAUCGAUCGUUUAGGAGAGUACAAUGGACCGGAACGAGUUCUUCAGCGACUUCGAUUCGGUCAAAUAAUCCCACCACCUCGAGAUUUCUCUCGGGAGAAGGAUCAAGAGGAUUAUCAGGAUGACGAUGGACAAAGGGAGGAAGAGAUUACUCACAAUCGAGAGUAUAGGCCACCUAAUCAGAAUUUUGCAAUGAGUAGAAGUUGGCCGGAUAUACCUUUGAAGUAUAAUAAUCGGCCUUGGAAAGGAGACAGAUGGGAUGGACAAAAUGGACGUACUAAGCCAUCGAGUUUACCGAACGAAUGGUCUUGGAAACAGCCGCAGUAUAAUAACAAUUUCUGGCCGGCUCGUGAUAGGACUUGGCAAUCGAUUAGAAACUAUUGGACGCCGUUGGAUAAUGAUUAUGAAGCAGAAUCGGAUUUCGUAUCGAAAAAUCGAGUCGAUCGAAAUUGGCGAUGGAGAGAAUCACAAGAACGAAGACAAAGACAAAGGCAGGAACAGGAACAGGAUGUGGACGAAGGACGUUUCUCAUAUCCGUGGGAAUUAGAAGGGCCUAAUGUUUGGCCAGGUUCACAAUCUUUUCAAGUGAAAUCACCAUGGUCGCAAACAGAAAGCAGUCAAAUGUCCAAAACUCAUGAUAAUAUCGAACGAAAGACAAUAGCAACUCCAUGGGAAGAUACCAAAAUCAGACCUUACGAACCACCGAAAUCAACGACCAAAAUGGCGAGACAAUACGGUAAAAGUAAAGUUUCUUUACCGAAGAUUAGUAUGGCAACUUGGAACAGUUUGACUUCGGAUCCAGCGACUUGGCCGUACAGAUCCUCGGAUACGAAGCCAUGGCCGAAAGAUGAGAAUGGUAAAUCGUACAAUCCUAAUGCAGAUUUGGUUAAGAAAUUGGGCCUAGAUAAAGACGAUGGUACGAUUUGGCAGAACAAGGAAACUGUGAAGACUUAUAAGAUACCGAACGAUCAAUGGGAUCCCUUACAAACAAAUUCAAAGAAUUCGUCGAAUCAGGAAAACGAAUCCAUUAAAAGAUACAAGCUACCAAAGGAUAGAUUCGAUUUUGAUAUUUACGAUGUCAAAUCAAAAAGUAUGAAAGAUUGGACGAAGCCUCGAUCCAAAGAAAAUCGUCAAUUUGAACCGUUAAACGAUAACGUUAACAACUGGUAUCGUGACAACGAACCAAAAACAAUGUGGUCUACUAAAGAUGCUUUAAAUUCUAAUUUACCAAAGAUACAAUCAGUUGGUGCCUGGGACAUGCCUCCUGAUAAAUCUACGUGGAUGCCCUAUCGAUUCGAACCUCAAAGUGAUCCUUUCAACGAGAAUCCUACAGGACCUACGAUCCGACGUUGGUUUGAAUCGAACGGAAGUAGCAGCUCGAUUCCAACUUACGCAAAACAUAUCAAUGGAGUUGAGUUGUGGUCUCCAAAAUCUAAAAAUGUAGAUCUUUGGAACAGAGAAUACGAUUUAUCGCAAGACGAAUCUAAUAUUUCCGAUCGUGGGUCAUCAAGAUCGAAUAAAGUUAUUAAUUGGCCGUUCAAGUUUGAGAACGAUUAUUCGAACAAAGAAAAUUAUGCUUUGUGGGAUCGGAAACGUAGCUUUGACAAGGGCCAACCUGAAAACGUAGAUUUAGGAAAAGGUAAUCAUGAUGUAUCCUCUAAUGAUGUACCAUCAUUGAAAGCAAACGAAACGAAUAACGGAAUAGAUAGUUCGAAGGAGACUUUAUCGUUACAUAAACCGAACAACUGGAAUAACACUUACGAAAGAGCUAACUCAUGGCCUCCGAAAUGGAAACAAUUUAGUUAUCACAGAGUUACCACUCUGCCAAUUUCGAAACCAGGAACGGUAUCGAACAUCUCCACAAAAUCGAGAAACGCUUUCGUUGCUGUCUCGGCAGUUGCAUCGCCUAAAUACGCGAUAUCGAAAAACGAUAUCGUAGAAUCUCAAAAUAAUCGGAGAGAUCUUUUCGAGAAACAAUUGGAGGAGCUUAGACAACAGAAUUCAUGGAGUUUAAAAGCGAACGCUAUCGAGGAAUCUAUACGAUCGCCGACUCCAACGGAAAGAUUGACGAUUGAAUCGACGAUUGGACCGACGUUAACAAAUAUCACGAAUUUCACGUCCAUGGUACACCGUCCGGAAGAAGAAAAACCUCCGAAAUCUGCGAAUAAAGAAUAUCAGAUGCAUAAUAAAUAAUCGAAUAAUAUGGAGACCCCGUGAGAAUUUUGUUUGUUCUCGUAAGAAUUUUAACUAUAUAUAAACGAGAAGUUUGAUUCAAUUCUUAAAUAGUUCCCAAGGAUGAUACUUUGAAAGAAGCUGUCUAAUUUUAAUAUUUCGUGACUUUGCGUUAAAAUCGACGAAGUUAAUUUAUCUCUCUUCUUAAUGUACUUUUUAAUUAUCAAUUUGUAUUUAUAUUUUAAUCGUUUCACGCAUUUUAAGUAAAACGUAUAGCUUUGUCACAUAUAUAUAAUUUAAUUACAUAUAUUAAUUACAUAUAUUAAUUCUUGUAAAUAGGCUUCUUUGAAUACAGAUUACGAUAUUGACAGUUCGUGGCUUAUUAUAAAACUAUGAAAAAGAAAAUGACAGGGUCUCGGCACAAAUUCAUUGAACGGAAAUUUUAAUCGUAAGACACGAUUAGAAUAAAUUCUUUCAUUCCCACCGUUCGAUUCGGUAUAGACUCGACUUAACUCUUCAACAUUUACUCGACUUGAUUAAUUUUUCCUAAGCUUUUACAUAAUAAAUUUCACGUAUAAACGGUCCUAUACUCGUGAAAAACUUUUCGGAAUAGUAAUUUUCAUCUAAUAAUUUCUACGACAUGAAAUCAGAGAUAUCGAAUGAUGUGAUGACUUUAUAAAUUAUAAAAGUCUUCAAGCCUGAAACAUUAUGAAAGAUAUCAAAAUGAUAUUCACGUAUGAAAAAGGUCAUCGAGAAGUGAUGUGUAUAUACAUAUAGGUACAUAUAAUAUAAACACAAGAAAAUUAUUAAAUAAAAAUAAGAGGAAGAAAGAAAGAAAAGAAAAAGGUAAAAUAUCGCGACUGAAUGUUUGAUUAAAAAUAGUUGUACGCACAACUAGGUAUCUACAUAUGCUGUGUAGAUAUAUAAAUAUAUAUAUAUAUAUAAAUAUAUAUAUAUAUACACAUAUACAUACAUACAUAUAUAUACAUAUAUAAAUACAUAUAUAUACACACAUAUAUAUGUAUAUAUAUAUAUACACAUAUAUUUAAUUGUUAGAAAAGUUGAUGAAGUCUCGUUGUGCUAAUUUAUGUUAAUAUUUAGUCCGAAAAACUCUGUUUGGAAUGAUUUCCGUUCAGACACACGGAUUCUAUAUAUACACAUGCAUAUAUAUAUGUAUCUAUAUACAUACAACGUAUCUGUCCAAGUAUAUACAGAGAAUAUAUACGUUAAUAAUUAACAUUCUCAUGGGCUUUCCGAGCAUUGGCUCGACGAGAUCGAAUAUACAUGAUCUUAAACAUUUGUCGACAUACAGUGGAUUGUAGUUCGAUUGAUAUGUUUAAUCCUCGAAUGGUCUAUAUAGUAUUUAGCACAGAAAAAUAAAAGCGUAACAAAUAUUAAGAAAUAUUUCUAACGUAAAAAUGGAAGAAGCGUAAUAUAUCGGACGCGUUUCAAAUAUCUACAAGAGUUUCGAAUGCUCGAUGAGAAAAUAAUAAAUAUAUCUCCCCCUCUCUCUCUCUCACCCCCCCCCCCCCUAUGUAUACGUAUGUUCGUGUAGGAUCUUCUGUUAUCAAAUCUGUACUUUAAUUCGUUUCAAGGAGACGAAAGCGAGAAUAAAUGUCAUACGUUGUAUAUUCUUCAUGGCA